AUGGCCACGAGGAAUGUUGAAUCGGGGACGGAUGCGCUCCCUCCAUCCGGACCGGUCUACAAGGUUUACAAGCGACGAUUUUGGGGGUUGAUCCAGCUGGUGCUGUUGAACAUCGUCGUUAGUUGGGAUUGGUUGACCUUCUCUUCGAUCUCGACCACCGCCGCCGAGCACUUCAAGGUCUCGGAGAGCGCCAUCAACUGGAUGAGCACCGGCUAUCUCUUUGCCUUCUGCGCCGCCAGCCCCGUCGUCAUCUUUACCCUCAACAAAGGCGGCCCCAAGCCCGCUAUCAUCAUCACCUCCUCUCUGCUGCUGGCCGGCAAUUGGAUCCGAUAUGCCGGCACGCGAGCUCGGGGCGGGAUAUUCGGGGUGGCCAUGUUCGGCCAGAUCCUGAUCGGCCUGGCGCAGCCAUUCUGUCUCAGUGCACCGACCCGGUACAGCGACCUCUGGUUCUCCGAUCAGGGGCGCACGAGCGCGACGGCCGUGGCGACGCUCGCCAACCCCCUCGGCGCAGCUCUGGGGCAACUCAUCGACUCGUUCUGGGCCACCGAGCCCGACGACGUCCCCAACAUGGUGCUGUACAUCUCGAUCAUUGCGACAAUCGCAUCACUCCCAUCCUUCAUCCUGCCCUCCGCACCACCGACCCCACCCAGCGCCUCCUCCGCCAGCCACCAGAACACCAACACAAGCGAACCGACCCCACUCCUCCCAACCGUCACGCAACUCCUGCGCACCCUCGAAUUCUACCUCAUCCUGAUCCCCUUCUCCAUCUACGUAGGCUUCUUCAACAGCGUCUCCUCGCUGCUGAACCAGAUCCUCAGCCCCUACGGGGCCAGCGAGACCGAAGCCGGGAUCGCGGGGGGCAUCCUGAUCGUCGUGGGGCUGCUGGUCUCGGCGCUCAUCGCCCCGAUCACGGACCGGUACAAGCACUACCUGGCCACGAUCCGCAUCCUGGUCCCCAUCGUCGCCGCCUCGUACAUCGGGCUAAUCUUCGCCCCGGCCAGCCGCGCGGGCAUCGGCCCCACGUACGCCGUGUGCGCCCUGUUGGGUGCUUCCUCCUUCGGCCUGCUGCCCGUCGUGCUCGAGUUCCUCGUCGAGAUCACCUACCCGUUCUCCCCGGAGGUCGGGAGCACCCUCUGCUGGACGGGCGGGCAGCUCCUGGGCGCCGUCUUCAUCCUCGUGCAGGACGCCCUCAAGGCCGGGCAGCACGCCUCCCCGCCGGAGAACAUGCGGAACGCGCUCAUCUUCUCCGCCGUCGUGGCGGCCGUGGCGGCCCCGCUGCCGCUGUGCAUCGGGCUGUUUGGCCGCGACGUGCGCCGCAGGCGCUUGGACGUGGAUCGCGGGGUGGAUCUGGGGGAGGUCGUCGGGGACGAUGAUGAGACCAUUGACAACGACGCGGACGCGGACGCGAUCCGUCGCGGGGAUACAGCCGGCAGUGCCGGCGAGAAAGGGAAGUCCAGAUUCAAGUGGUCGGUCUCCUCGAGACAAUAGUGUGUUGCAGGAACAGCGGUUGUAGUAGGGGGGUGCGUAUGUGUUUUGCUCGCAUGGCUGGGCACAGGCCCUGUCCCUUACACAAAUCGGUCGCCAUGUUCCGACAAAUGCUGGUGACUAUUCACACCCACUGAAUCUGCAGCCUGGAGUUUGCGGAUGGACCGCGAGGAGGUGAACUACGACCCAUGAUGAAUAUAUGAUUGAUACCCGACAUUGAAUGCGAACCCUGGUAUAUGGAUGUCCCUGUCAGUGUAUAGUGCUAUUUCAGUCUGCGAGCCUGCGAUGCUAUGCAUUUCAAUGCCCCAGGGUUUAGAACCUACAUUCCAAGAAAUAGACCAGACCAGUAGACACCCAGCAAAUAAC